AUGCUUGCGGGAUCCGACAAACCCCCGGGUAAUGGUGGAGAUGGCCCCAAGCUCCGGGCCGCUUGCGAGAAUUGUCGACAAUCCAAGGUCAAAUGCAAUCUAGGCGGAAAGAAUACUUGCAUCCGCUGUCUCCGGCAUGGGUUGCCAUGUCGAUACCGGGUUGCCAAUCGGUCUGGUAAGCCGAAGGGCAGCAAAAACCGAGCUACAUUGAGGAAACUAGGACAGCUUCAGGAAACGUCGGCAGUUCAAGUCUCCGGGAGGAGCUCGAAACGCAGGACUCUUCAAGCCACCGAGCCACCGCGUGCGGAACAGGAGCUGAAUAGAAGUGAUAGUGAGACGCGAGAACCCAGUCAACAGCUCACAGACAGUCCUCUGAGUCAAACUAGUACAGCCAAUACAUGUUUGCUGCUAAGUGAGUCGCCGGCGGACUACGCGACUUCGUAUAGGGAUCCGCUGCCCGAUUCGACGCAUGCGGCUUCCAUGUCGCCGACGUUUCUCCAGAAAGAGUUUAUCACGAAAGGAUUGACAAGCUUCCCACUUGCCGUACAUAUCCCCAACGUACUACAGCCCGUAUGCGACUGUGGUGAGACUAUAGAGCUCUAUGCGAACCGUCUGCAACACAUUGUGGCUGACCCAAUCCACACGCGAUUCGAUCAGGGCCUGCAGGUUGUCAAGGAGGCGCUGUCGGUCUGUCGAGGGUUCCUGCAGUGCCACAGCUGCCACAAGGAUAACACACACGUGCUGAUAUCCGUAACGACACUGGGAUUGGCACUACAGCUGUUCAAUUACUGGAUAUCCUACCAAUGCGCCGCGCACGUCUGCGCGAGCAACGACGAAGUCGGGUACGGUGCGUAUGAAUUGGGGCCCGAGGAGACGCGACGAGUGCGCCGCGUACUCAUCCGAGGCCGACUCCAACAGUGUAAGGAGGUGGUGGCAUCGCUCAAAGGAACAAUCGAGCUGUCCAGCGCAGACCUGGAGGGGACCUGGCUGCAGCAGGUCAUCCGCGGAUACGAAGGAACGGUGGAAGCCUAUCUGCAACCGAUGGGCUGCAUUUGCAUUUAA